CAGCAUGGUAGUAUUGAGAUAGCUAUGUGUCUGUAGAUGCUGAAUGUUUAGGAAUGCCCUUCAGAUGUGAAGUUUCUUUUUGUUUUUGCUUUUGGGCUCAUAACUUGGAUAUUUCAUCUGGAGUGGAUAAGUACAACUGUGACAAAUACAUGGAAUAAUUAAAGAAGACUAUAGAAUCUUAAAUCCAAGGAACUUGGCUUAUUCUGAAGAUAGCCAUAUGAAAACUUUAAGACAGAAGUAUGGGUAGCUGACUUGAAGUAGUAACUCUAUGUCAAAUAGUCGUAGGUUAAGUAUCUUUAAAGAACUUGGAUAUUAUUUCAGAGGAUACAAAAUUAAAAAAAAAACUGGAAAACAUAAAGAUUACAGAGAAAAACGCAACACCUUCCUGUGCAGUCCUAUUGGAAUUUGGACUUGCCAUGAGGUGUUGAAGCCUAUUUCAUUGAGUUGGAGAGACUGGACCUAAAUGGCGCAGCAUGACUUUGCACCAGCCUGGCUUAAUUUUCCUACUUCACCAUCGUCAACAAAGUCGUCAUUGAAUUUUGAGAAGCAUUCUGAAAAUUUUUCAUGGACAGAAAAUCGGUAUGAUGUGAAUCGUCGACGACAUAACUCUUCAGAUGGCUUUGAUUCUGGUAUUGGACGACCUAAUGCAGGUAAUUUUGGAAGGAAAGAAAAAAAUGGAUGGUGUACACAUGGAAGAAAUGGUACAGAAAACAUAAAUCAUCGAGGGGGGUACCAUGGUGGAAGUUCCCGUUCUUGUAGCAGUAUUUUUCAUCCUGGAAAAAGCCAAGGACUACACGAAAACAGCAUACCUGACAAUGAAACAGGGAGGAAAGAUGAUAGGAGAGAAGGUAAACAGUUUGAGGCUGAAGAUUUUCCAUCUUUAAAUCCUGAGUAUGAGAGAGAACCAAAUCAGAAUAAAUCUUUAGCUGCAGGUGUAUGGGGCCUACAUGCCCAGACACACACAUAUCAAACCAAAAUCUCCCAAGCUCCUCUCUUAGAAUAUCCUCCGAAUCCUAAAUCUAGAACCCCAAGGAUGCUGGUUAUUAAGAAAGGUAAUGCAAAAGACUUACAGCUCUCUGGAUUCCCAAUUGUAGGAAAUCUUCAGUCACAGCCAGUUAAGAAUGGGACUGGCCCAAGUGUUUAUAAAGGCUUAGUCCCUAAACCUGCUGCUCCACCUACAAAAUGUAAUCGCUCAAAUUCCUCUUCACCUGUUGACAAACUUAAUCUGCAGCCUCGGCUAACCAAACUGACCCGUAUGCGUACUGAUAAGAAGAGUGAAUUUUUGAAAGCAUUAAAGAGGGACAGAGUAGAAGAGGAACAUGAAGAUGAAAGCCAUGCUGGUUCAGAGAAGGAUGACGACUCGUUUAAUUUGCAUAACAGCAAUAGUACUCGCCAAGAAAGGGACAUAAACCGAAAUUUUGAUGAAAGUGAAGUUCCUCAAGAGAAUGGCAAUGCCUCAGUGAUAUCUCAACAGAUCAUUCGUUCUUCUACCUUCCCACAAACGGAUGUUCUUUCAAGUUCACUUGAAGCAGAACACAGAUUGUUAAAGGAGAUGGGCUGGCAAGAAGACAGUGAAAAUGAUGAAACUUGUGCUCCUUUAACUGAAGAUGAAAUGAGAGAAUUCCAAGUUAUUAGUGAACAGUUACAGAAGAAUGGCCUGUGGAAAAAUGGUAUUUCAAAAAAUGGUCUGAUCUGUGACUUCAAGUUUGGACCCUGGAAAAACAGCACUUUCAAACCCAAUAUUGAGAAUGAUGACACAGAAACAAGUAGCAGUGACACAUCAGAUGAUAAUGAUGUGUGA